ACCCUUUAUUUAAUUAUAACCCACUUGAAUUCAAGAAAUGCAACCUUUUCUGCUCUUAAAAGGGUAUGCAAGAUUGGGUCUUUUUGGCAAUAACCAGAAUGAUGACCAUCAUAAGACUAUGCCAAUGGCUGUGCUUAAUACUACUAAUGUUGUCGAAAACCGAAUGCUCGGAUGACGUUGAAAUGACCUUCAUUCAGAGCGCUGUCGUUAAAGGAGCUGUUUGCUUAGAUGGAAGCCCACCUGCGUACCAGUUUGAUAAAGGAUUCGGGGAAGGUGUUGAUAAAUGGUUAAUUCACAUUCAGGGAGGAGGAUGGUGUGAGUCGACAAAAAGUUGUCUUUUACGCGUGAACAUGAGCAACGGAGUGGGUUCGUCGACGCGUAUGACGAAGUUCAAUUUCACGGGAGUUUUUAGUAGCAAGAAAGAGUUCAAUCCAGGCUUCUAUAACUGGAAUAGAGUCAUAAUGAGGUACUGUGACGGAGCAUCUUUUACCGGGGAUGUCGAAAAAGUGGACCCCGCUACUAACCUUCAUUAUAGAGGUGCAAGAAUCUUUAAUGUUAUUCUGGAAGAACUGCUAGCAAAAGGACUAUAUAAAGCAUCCAGUGCUCUUCUAACUGGCUGUUCAUCUGGUGGGUUAGCUUCGAUAUUGCAUUGUGACAAGUUCCGAGCUAGGUUGCCAUCAACUAGUCAAGUAAAAUGUGUUCCAGAUGCGGGUUAUUUCGUUCAUGUGAAAGACAUUUCUGGAAAAUACCAUUUUGAGAAGUUCUUCACCAAGAUCGUUAAACUACAUAAAUCAGAGAUAAAUUUGCCUUCUUCAUGUACUUCAAAGAAUAAACCUGGCUUGUGUUUCUACCCACAAUUUAUUUUGCCAGAAAUCAAGACACCUGUGUUUGUCAUAAACUCGGCUUACGAUUCAUAUCAGGUACAAAACAUUUUGGCACCAAAGAAGGCCGAUCGCCAUGGUUCUUCGUCUGCAUGCAAACUGAAUAUCAGUAACUGCUCUCCUACCCAACUCAAAAGAUUGCAAGAUUUUAGGUCAGAUUUCAUAAAGACAUUGUGGUCAGGAUUGGGUAAAUCCUCAUUCAACUCCACAUCAAGAGGAAUGUUCAUCAAUUCUUGUUAUUCCCACUGCCAAACAGGGAAUCAGAUCACUUGGCUAGGAGAUACUGCUUCAAAAUUGGAUAACAAGGCUAUUGCUGAGGUGGUCAGUGACUGGUUUUAUGAAAGAAACACAACUCAAUUGAUCGAUCACCAGCACAAGUUGCCACAAGAGUGUGGAGUUCUUCCCAUUCGUUAGUUUUAGAAAUGGUUCAUCGAUGAAAUAUAAUGGUCU